AUUUUUGCUUGCGCAAGACGGUCUCACAUUAUUUUUUCUGUUUUUGUGCUCUCUUUUCUUCGUGAAAUAUUGCAAUAUAAAAAUCGACAGCAAAAAUCGAAAUUAUAUAAAAACGGGGAAAAAUCAAGCGAAACGAGAAAAGCGCGUUGAGGCGGGCAAGCAAAUACUUGCACUUAAGGAACGGCGAAAAAGAUGCAAGAACGGGAAAAACGUAUUUACGCAUUACGAAGCGAGUCGUUGGUUUGCCGUUUUUUUUGUUUUUAUAAUGCCAAUAUCGGGGUAGCUGCACCAAAUGCAGUUAACAGAGAUCUCUUGUGAUGUAGGCAACACCAAUACCAUAUGAAAUAAACACCGAUACCAUUACUCUCUCCGCAAUAACAACAACUAAGUGCAAUCAACAAUUAAACGAAAUCAGAACAAAGAACUACCAGCAGCAGCAAAAACAACAAAAAACAAACGGUGGACUGAAGAGAAGGAGAAGUAAAAAGAGGAAGAAAAACAACAAUAGCAGCAGACGACGCAUAAUUUCCUGCUCGCACACACACACACAAAGAGCGGGGGCCCAACAAAGAACAUCGGAGGAGCGUGGGAGAGAGAGAACCAAGAAGCGAAAGGGAAAGAAAGAACUGCGGGGGAGCAAAACUGCAUUUCUGGAUUCGGAUCUGGAUUUCUGGAUAUAUCCACGCGUAAAAUGACCAAUUCGGGACGCAAUCAUCAUCGAUACGACUUCCUGCUCCAAUAAGUGAUUUAAAAAUAAUAAAAAAAAAAAAAAUAAAAAAUCCGAAAACAAGCUGGGCCAAAAAUAAGCAGAAGAGUCGAGCCAAAAGACGCCGGGAGCAACGUAUUGAAGACGCAAUUUGUGAAUAAUUUAAUCGAGCGUUCACACGGCGCCAGCUGACAAAAUAAAGAAGAGAGUGCUGAAGAGUUAAUUGAAUCGGCAGAGGCGACAGACAGUUGCAGAUAAGAAGAACCGGGAAUGUUUGCCAGCGCCACCGGGACGGGCGUCGUCGACGUCGGCAGCGGCAGCGGCGUUGGCGGCGGCAGCGGAGGCGGAGGAGGUGGGAGUAGCAAUGCCGGCAGCAUCAGCGGAAGCGCCAGCUUUAGCAGCAACAGUGGAGCCAGCGGCAGCAGCAGUCAGACGCACAGUACCGCCGUUAGUAGCGCCACAGAUCGCAGCAGCAGCAGCAACAGCAGCAGCAGCAACAUCAACAACAACAAUAACAACAACAACAAUCACAAUCCGAGCUUACAACUAAACGGUAAUGCGAGCAGCAACAGCAACAGCAGCAACAUUAGUGGCGCCAACAACGGCAACAACAAUAAUCACAGCGGCAACAUCAUCAGCGGAUUUUGCAGCACCAUUUGGCGUUCGGCAACAUUUGGUAGCGCCACGCCCGUUAUCAACCAACUACCAGCUGUGCAUAUUAACCCCAAAAGUAUGGAGAGCAGCAGCGAUAGUUGCUCGCUGAGCUCGUCGAUAACGCCAGAGGUUUGCCUAGCCGAUCACCAAAGGACUUUGGUCGCCAGCACUCAAGAUAAGCCAGAGGAUCAGUCCCAAACAUUCCUAGGCGCCACCGAACUGGACGAUGAGUUAAUCAAACAACUGCCAAAGGAGGUACUGCUGCGCGUCUUCUCCUAUCUGGAUGUUGUCUCACUAUGCCGCUGUGCUCAGGUAUGCAAAUAUUGGAACGUGCUGGCCCUCGACGGUUCCAGCUGGCAGAAAAUCAAUCUAUUCGACUUUCAACGUGAUAUCGAGGGUCCGGUGAUUGAGAAUAUAUCGCAGCGAUGUCGCGGUUUCCUCAAGUCGCUGUCGCUGCGUGGCUGCCAAUCGGUGGGAGAUCAGUCCGUGAGAACUCUAGCGAAUCACUGCCACAAUAUUGAACACUUGGAUCUGUCAGAGUGCAAGAAGAUAACCGAUAUAUCCACACAGUCCAUCAGCAGGUUUUGCUCCAAAUUAACGGCCAUUAAUUUGCACUCGUGCUCCAACAUAACAGACAACAGCUUGAAGUAUAUAUCCGAUGGCUGUCCAAACCUAAUGGAGAUCAACGUGUCCUGGUGCCACCUGAUCUCCGAGAAUGGCGUGGAGGCGCUGGCCCGCGGCUGCGUCAAACUGCGCAAGUUCAGCAGUAAAGGUUGUAAACAGAUUAACGACAAUGCCAUAUUGUGCCUGGCCAAAUACUGUCCCGAUUUAAUGGUGCUAAAUCUACACAGCUGUGAGACCAUAACCGACUCAUCAAUACGCCAACUGGCCGCUAAUUGCCACAAGCUGCAGAAGCUAUGCGUGUCCAAGUGCGCCGAUCUCACCGAUCUCACGUUGUUGUCGCUCUCGCAGCACAAUCAUCUACUGAACACCCUGGAGGUGUCGGGGUGUCGCAACUUCACGGACAUCGGUUUCCAGGCGCUCGGGCGGAACUGCAAGUAUUUAGAGAGGAUGGAUUUGGAGGAGUGCAGCCAGAUAACGGACCUCACGCUGGCUCAUCUUGCCACCGGUUGUCCAAGCUUGGAGAAAUUGACCCUCUCGCAUUGUGAGCUGAUUACGGAUGAUGGCAUACGACACCUCACCACUGGCAGCUGUGCCGCGGAGAUUUUGUCCGUGCUGGAGCUGGACAACUGUCCCCUGAUCACGGACCGAACGCUUGAGCAUUUGGUGUCCUGCCACAAUCUGCAGCGCAUCGAGUUAUUCGACUGUCAGCUUAUCACCCGCACCGCCAUACGCAAGCUGAAGAACCAUUUACCAAAUAUCAAGGUGCAUGCCUACUUUGCGCCUGGAACUCCGCCGGCGGUCACCAGCGGCCACCGACCACGCUACUGCCGCUGCUGUGAGAUUCUCUGAGAUACGGCCAUUGGCUUCGCCAGGAAGAUAAUGCGCAAGACGGCCACGGACUGAUGCUGGCCCGUGUGCAUCGUCAUGUUCGCCAUGGUGUUCAGCCUGACCCUCGUCUCAAUGAUCUGUAUGUACUUGCUGGGCCUCCUCGACGCGGCAUUGUCCACAAGGCCACCACAAUUUGAUUCGGAUCCAGAUCACGAGCAGUAACAGCAACAUCAGCAUUAGCAGCAAACAGCAGCGGCUAGAACGAAACCGAAACCGAAACCGAAACCUAACCCUAGUUUUAGUUUUGAGCGAGUUUCAAAAACUCGCAGAAACCAGCAUCAAAUUGUGAUUAUUUUAUUUAAUAUGCUACGUUAACUAGACCCUUAUUUGUGUAAUCAGUACUAGCCCCUCACGCUCUAUGUUUGUUAUUAUCUGCAGCCCGAUGAAUUGCUAGCUUAUAUAGGACCUGUAUAUAUAAAUGUAUGUAGACGUGCAACCCGAUCCGCGGGUAUGUUCUGUGUCUAGCCUAGAAACUGCAAUUAUGUGCGUUUAGUUUUUAACUCUUAUACACGCAUGCCUGUAUUAAAUGUUUGCUAAAUUAUGACUAAAUUAUAAAUCCAUUUGGAGCAUGCUCGGAUUUUAUCUCUCACUGGUCCCACAAAACAAAAAUGAAAUCUGGAGUUUUCCAAAUUCCGAAAAAUGUCGAUAGAACCACAAAGCGUUCAAAACACCUAAUAUCCGAGGUACGAUAAUUUCACUAUUGAUCCACUCAAGUAUAGUGCCAGCUAAAAACUGUUCAGCAAUUAUCAUUAUCUAUGUAUAGCCAUGUAUAUUCAACAACGAACAAACGACUCACACACUGGAUCAUCCUUCCUGAAACACAAACAGUACCCACAUAAAUAAUUCAAUAAAUCUAUAUACACCCUCUGGACUCACACAGA